GCGUCCUCUGAGAUCGAUUCAACGCACGGCCAUGUUAAAUCUCUAGACGGAAGAGACAAAAGCCACAGCAACAAAGAAUAUUUCAAGAAACGUUCGAAGAAUUAAUCAAAUUCACGAAGAUUCAAAUCCUCCAGAAUUCGGAGGUAUUCCAGAAAUUCCUCCACUGAAGCGUUCAGGAACUGUGACAAAGAGAGGAGAGGAAAAACGAGACAUCGCUUAGCCAGAGUGGAAACUUUUAUGGACUGUUAACGUUAUUUUGGACUCGUAAUCCUGCAUUGACUUUCAGUUUGAAGUCCCUCAGUUUGGAGUUUUUCAGCUGGUUAAAUAGGAGCAAGUGACACUGAGCAAAGUUUGAAAUUCCUCAUGACGAAGAGAAUACAGGAAUUUUAAGAGCACAUUAUUAAGAACCUUUUGCUGAGCCUUGUGCUUUUGUAUGUAAAUACUUUAUACCUUUUUUUUUUUUUUUGAUACCAAAAAGAAUACAGAGGGUACUACAGGAUUUCUGCAAUCCAGCUGUUUAAAAAAAAAAAAAAAAAGUGAAUACUGUGUACAUUUUCAGGGAUAACGUAAAAAGUGACUUUUGAAAAGCAUUAAUAGAUUUUUUGCUAACUUGCAUUUUUGAAAACCCUUGUGUAAGACUUGAAGUUUACAAGUACCUGUUUGCUAGUUAUUUUGUACAUUGGCUCUAGGCUUGUUAUAUAUUUAUUCAUAUAAAUAUAAUUUUCUCCUAUAUUGGGAGAGCUUAUUAUAAACAAUUGUUAUACGCCAGGCACUCUUCUUUUUAAGAGGUCUGUACGUACUGGAAACUGUCUACACAAGCGCAGUGAGCGUAACAGUAAAACAGUUUAACGAAUAGUUGAAAAGUAGCCACACAAAAAAAGCAAAAAUUAAUUUGUUUGAAACCGUUGAGGAAAACAUCUGAAAAUGGCUACAGCGAGAACAGAGAUCCCUUCUUCAGUCAUGCCAAUGAGCAAACAGAAUGGACAGUCCAAGCCCUUGACCCUCCAGUCAGGAUCGCUUACUUCCUCAACACAGUCAGGAAAAACACCUGUGAUGCCCCAGAAAGGAAGCAGUAUACGCCAAAGCAGUGGCGGUAUCAGGUUUGGUGAUGACUGGAAGAAAUGCCUGCAGCUUCCACCGAAAGACUUGCGAGUGAAAACCACAGAUGUGACUGCAACCAAAGGAAACGAGUUUGAAGAUUACUGCCUUAAGAGGGAACUGCUGAUGGGCAUCUUCGAAAUGGGCUGGGAGAAGCCUUCCCCUAUCCAGGAAGAGAGUAUUCCUAUUGUCUUGUCAGGGAGGGACAUUCUUGCCCGAGCUAAAAAUGGCACAGGUAAAAGCGGAGCCUACCUCAUCCCCCUCUUGGAAAGGAUUGACCUGAAGAAGGACUAUGUUCAAGCCAUAGUGUUUGUACCUACUCGUGAGUUGGCUCUUCAGGUGAGCCAAAUAAGUAUCAACAUGAGCAAGCACCUUGGUGGCGUCAAGAUUAUGGCUACAACAGGUGGCACUAACCUGAGGGAUGACAUCAUGCGUCUUGAUGAGACUGUACAUGUUAUAAUAGCUACCCCAGGAAGGAUCCUGGACUUGAUAAAGAAAGGUGUGGCCAAGGUUGACAAAGCUCAGAUGAUUGUGAUGGAUGAGGCUGAUAAGUUGCUUUCUCAAGACUUUGUGGUGCUCAUUGAGGACAUCAUCAGCUUCAUGCCCAAAAAACGCCAGAUUCUGCUCUAUUCUGCCACUUUCCCCAGCAGUGUGCAGAAGUUUAUGUCCAAACACCUUCAGAAGCCAUAUGAAAUCAAUCUGAUGGAUGAGCUGACACUGAAAGGCAUCACUCAGUACUAUGCUUAUGUUACAGAAAGACAGAAAGUGCACUGUCUCAACACACUGUUCUCCAGACUUCAAAUCAACCAGUCAAUCAUCUUCUGUAACUCCACCCAAAGGGUGGAACUCCUUGCCAAGAAGAUCACACAACUAGGCUAUUCCUGCUUUUACAUCCAUGCCAAGAUGAUGCAGGAAUACAGAAAUCGUGUGUUCCAUGACUUCAGAAACGGACUGUGUAGGAACCUGGUCUGCACAGAUCUUUUCACAAGAGGAAUUGACAUCCAGGCUGUCAAUGUAGUCAUCAACUUUGACUUCCCCAGAAAUGCAGAGACAUAUCUACACCGCAUUGGUCGAUCAGGUAGGUACGGUCACCUGGGAUUGGCCAUUAACCUGAUCACCUCAGAAGAUCGUUUCAACCUAAAGGGCACUGAGGACCAGCUGAUGACUGACAUAAAGCCCAUACCCAGCAGCAUUGACAAGAACCUGUAUGUGGCAGAGUUUCACACCAUGAACCCUGAUGAAGAGGAGGCUGCUCACAAAGCAGGCGAGCUUAAUUAACCCUUACCGGAGAAUAAAGGGACCUAUGCUUGGCAUUCUGCACAAUUUCUACUGAAGACAGGCGCAAAGAUGACUCGUUUUGUUUGUUUGUUGUAGUUUAUUUUCUCACCAAAUGCUUCAAGGGUCUGGAACUGGCAUGGUAAAAUGUGAUCAGCUGCCACACAUUUAUGGGCUAGUAUGAAGUCAUUAGAUUUGUUCUCGAUGGACUCACUGAGGCAGCUUACCCCUUUUCCAUUUGGAGCACAAUAAGCCACUGUUGUUUGGACCCAGAGCACUGGUGAAGACCAUUCACCGUUCAUAACUGCUGUUCAUGAGGAUUUCUUUCCCUUUUAUUUCCCGGAAAGAUGAAAUAGAAAAUGCUGGCAGUCAAGAGGGUGCCUCUUAUACCUCAAACCCAUAAAUCGCUUGUUUUCUGUUUGACCCACCAUUCUGUUGGUAGUAAACCGUACCUAGCUCGGCAUUGGCUGGGUGAGCAAUAGAUUUGGUUGUCCAACAACCAGGUAACCCAGUUCAGAUGUUUGGUGAGGCUGGACUUCAAUUUCAGCAGUUCAGCCUGCAUUUUUGAAAACUGGGGGACAGUUCUAUAUGCUCUUCUUUUUCCCCCUGUUGAAACGUACAGUCAGGUUUUAUUUCGAAAAAAACUGUGUAAUGUGAUUGAUCAGAUUCAGUCUUUCCCCUGGUGGUGUCUAAUGCACAGAAACAGACAGAGUAAUGAGUAAUGUAUUUUACAACAUAUCAGCACAAAUGCUGUGAUGAAAUGACAGCUGUAAUAAAGUUGGUAGCUCUUGAAAUGUAAACUUUUGUGUCCCCUGUUGUAUGUGUUGAAUUGUGCUCUCUUUGCCAUGUGUUGUAUUAAGUAGAAGCUGUGUGUUUUACUGCGAGGAUUCAUGGAAGAAUGGCCAAAGCUUUUUGCUCCAAAUGUUAAUGACAGCCUAUCCUGUCCCUUCUCUUUUAAGCAAAAUAAAGUCCAGCAUAUUCUCCAAA